AUGUCCACUGAUGUAACUUGUAAGUCUAGAGAAUCUAGUCAUACUAGUCAUAGUGACAGGUCUGACAGUCAUACAUGCUAUAUUAUUAUUGACUUAAAUUUAAACUCUGCUAACUCUUUGGUUUUCCUGGCUGAUUCAGGCAACCCAUUCCAUUCUCUAAUCAAUGGCACUAUUAUAGUCACUAGAUGUUCCUUCAGAGUUGAAAUAAAUGGGCGAAACCUCUUGCAAGAUGACGGGGAUGGCAGUGGACAGAAUCAAGAAAGACCUUCAGUUAAUACCAAGGAAGUGAUUACAGUUAACACAAGUCUGGACCUGGACACAUUCUCAAAGCUCUUACCUUUCUUGCGAUGUUACUUUGUGAAUUCUCCGGUGAAUGAAGAAAACAAACUAAAUGUGGAGGACCAAGGCUCAAUGGAAAAAAAAAUUCUAAUGGUCAUUUCAAUUUGCUCAACUUUCUUGAUUGCUGUUGCAUUGGUUUGUACUGGCAUUUUAAUUUACAUUUGGAAAAGAGUAUUCAAUGUCGGUUUAGGCUCCUCAACAGCUGUUCAAUUUAGUAUUCAAAGCAAUGCUGUGGUCUGCACCUCCAAUGCUGCUGAAGAAAUAGAGAUUGUGAACAGUACAGAAGAAAACCAUGUUUAUGACUCAGUAAUAUAUACAGGAUAUCAGACCUUCCAGCCCAAGACUUCAGACGACCUAACUGAAACGAUUAAUUCAAAUGCUACAAGUAUUUCUGACCUAAGUAUCCAGCCUGAAACUUCGGAGAGCCUAACUGAAAGCAUCCCAACCAGUAUUGCUGACCAAACUUUCCAGCCCAAGACUUCAGAGAGUCAAACUGCAACUAUUAGUCGAACCUCUACCUGUGUUGCUGACCAAACUCUUAAUGAUUCCAAAUGCCCAACUGAAACUGAUCCAGUUUAUAUUAAUAUGGCUUGCCAAACUACUGUCAAUGAAAGGAAUAAAUGAAAACAUUUGAGCAGCCUUAAAUAUACUGAAAUUUUAUUCUACAAAAAUGUAACUUCCUUCAGAAUGAAAAAAAAACAAGUUUUGGGCAAUUAUAUGGAAAAAAACAAGUUUGGGACAAUUUUAAAAAUGUCUGAUUCAGGUCUUUUUUGAAUGAUUGUUGUGUUUUUUUAAUUUUAAUGUGUAUUUUAGAUCUAUAUGUUAUCACUGUAAAAUUGAGUUGUUUAAUUUCAUAUGCAUAAGUCUUGUUAAGUUGUUCAGUAUUUCAUAGAGAUAUUUCCUUUUGAUACCAUCAUAAGCGAUUUAAGUUGAUGUACUAGUACAUUGUUUUCUUGACAUUUUUUUAAGUUUGUAUUUAUGUUAUGAGUGCUGCUUUCAAUCUGUUAGUAUUACUUCUUCCAAAAUUCUUGAUAUUGGUUAGUCUUAUUGUGAAUUCAGGUUUUUUCCUCCAUUUUUAUUAGCUCUGUUGUAAUUUUGGUCCUCUCCUGGUGCUUCUAAUUUUUUUAUUUCUGAUGUUUAAAUUAGAGUUGGUGAGUUUAUAGUGUUGUUAGGUUUAUAGUGUUGAUGGCUGUUCUGUUUUUUUUUGUGACGAGGACACCAUUAUUGUUCUCAUACAUGUGUGAUCUUGCUUGAAAUCCAUUCUUGUCAUCCCUUAUUUUCAUGCCCAUUCCUCUCGCAUCAAGGUUCUCAAUGAGUGCUCUUUGUUUUUUUUUUAUUGCCUCAUUUUUAUGCUUUCUGACAGAUUUUGUAACCCUUAGCCUUGCUUCUUUGUACUGCUUUCUUUCUUUAGCAUUAUUUGUCUGUUCAAUAUGCCUGCAUUCUGUAUGUCAGAUUCUCCUUUUCUUUUGCUGAAAUCCAACCAUGUCAUCUGCUUUACUUUUAAUUGCAUGUUGUUGUUUUUUUAUUGCUCAUUUGUUAUAAUUAGGAUUACCCACAGGCUAUGUCUGUUGUUGUGCUUCAACAAUUUAUCUUUUGGUCUGUGAAUUCUAGUAUAUGCUUCAUUUAAUUGGAGUGGCCAGCUUUAAAUUCCUUCCCAUACACACUUCUGGCCUGUGAACUGUUCUCAC